AUGCCGUCUCCGGGACCAACGAUCAAAAGGUUCUUUGUAGCUGCCAAAAACGUAGUGAUCCAGAAAGGAAGAUCUAGACCCUCCUUAACGGCCACCAGGUCUUACUUGGCCUUUUCGCCACCUCCAACCAUCCUUCGCAAUAAUGCCAUUCCAUCCACUAUGUUUACCACGAACUCUUUGAUAACCCGUGAGGAGGGCUCUAUGACUGAGGUACCAAGUGUUAUGCAUAGGGAUGCGAUCCUUGAGUUUGAACAUCGACCUUUUGGUAGUGAAGGACCUUUGACUGAGGGCCAGCUUCAUGUAUUGGAGUGGUUAGAUGAGUCUGAAAUCACAUUCUUUGAGGAGAAAAAGAUAUGGAAUGACAUACCAGAGCAUGAAGUGUUCAAUAAUGACCUGUUCUUCACUGCAACCGAGAGUGAAGCGUCUCAUGCUAAAUCACAGAAUGAGAGUGAAGACUUCGAGGAAAAUUAUGGUGUACCAGAAGGGGACUACAGCGAGUAUUACUGGGAGGCAAUGGUAGAAACGGGCGAUGAGGGACGAGAUAUUCAACAGGACCUCGAUGAUGUUGUAGUUCGGCUUAUGGUCAUAGGCCUAAUGACAGAAGGCCGUAAGGAGAACAGUUCGGCUGUUUCUGCCUUGGGAUUGUUCGAUGAGGAUAGAUUUGAGACUGUUCCAUCUGUAUUGCCGGGUGAAUUUGACGAACUAGAAAAGGAGGAUAUGUCGCGGGAUGUCAAUAUGCGUUUGGAAGAGACACGGACACAGACACAGGGACGGGAAUCUCAAAGAACUUCGUUGAGUUUGAGAAAGACUAUAAGUAAUAAGUGGACUGAAGUUAGGGUUGGCCUGCGCUGGAAAUUGUCUUCUUCGUCUUUACAGACGAGAGAUACUUGA